AGAAGAGGAGGAAGGAAGUGGGGAAAAAAAGAGACGUUUCAAGGCGAAGCAUGUCUGUCCCGUCCAGGAAACUUUUCGAGGUCUUUGUCUCCAAAAUACCAUGGACUAUAGCUGGCAAGGAGAUGAGGGAGUACUUUGGACAGUUUGGGCCAGUAAAGAAGUGUCUUCUUCCAUUUGACAAAGAAACAGGCUUUCACAGAGGCUUCUGCUGGGUUGGAUUCAGCACAGAGGAGGGACUGAACAAUGCACUUCAAAAAGACCCACACAUGCUGGAGGGAGCAAAGCUCCAGGUUCAGAGGAACAGACGUCCAUUUGCUGGGCAGAAGUCAAACAAAGACAGUGAAUAUGACUGAACCUCUGGGAUAUUGCUUUGAGGAUCAGAAUGAUAAAGAUGUGCAGCAUUUUUUUUCUCUAGCCCAGUUUCAUCAAGACUCUGCUCUUGCUGUCUUACCUGCUUGACAUUUUAAAUUUUUGCCAUUCUGUUAGGUUCAUGAAGAAAAUUUCGACAAUAUCUAUUUGAAAGUCUGACCUUAGUGUAUUCCACCUUCAGUGUCUUUAGGCGUGACCAUUAUUGCCAUUAUCUUAAUGUGUUGUCCAGUUGUAAUGGCUUUAUUUAUUGUCAGUGAUAGUGUUGUACUUCUGCAGCUUUCCUGUCACACACCACACUAUUCAGGCUAACUAAUUUGCUAAUUUAAAAGUUUAUGGAACAUAAUGUGCUAUGGCAAUAAAAACAGUGUUUAAAGGCAUUGUCCUAUGUGGUCAGAUAAACAUUUGAGCUUGAAAUGUAGUAUUUUGUGUAAUUGUUUUACUUCUUCUGUUUGAGUAAAGGAUCUUAGUACUUCUUU